AUGCCAUUUCUGUUUGAUCCUUCUUCAUUCCCGUUGAUGCCUGAGCCUGAGCCUAUCCUACAAGAGGACAUGGACAAACUUACCAGCCAAAUCAAAAAGCUCGAGUUGGAAAACACUCAACUACGAGUCGAACUCAAUCGCGCCAAGGAACGUAACCAUGUCUUGGAGGAUAAGGGUAAGCAAGUCUGUGAAAAAUUUGAAGAUAGCAAGAAAAGGCUCCGAUUAGCCGAGGGACAAAGAGUUUGGGUUGGUGGAGCUUUACAAGGAGCUAAUUCUGAGCUAGAUUUCCGAAACGAGGAGUUGGAUCGAGCAUCCCGAAUCAUCAAGGACCUUGAAAAUAUUGUCGAGAGGUCUAAUGCCAUGAAGAAAGAAGCGAGGGAAGAUUACGAGGCCCAGAUUCUCGAACUAAGGACCACUCUAAAAGAGCAUAAGGAUUUUCUAGCCAAGGAGCAACUAGAGAAAGAAAAGAUUCAUCGAAGCUUCUUGCGUGAGCAGUUCAACCUUGGACGAGCUUGCGAGCAAAUCAAGAACUUGAAGAGGGGAAUCUAUGACCAAGCCUAUGUAGAAUUGCAAAACAACUGCAGACAUUGGGAAGAGCGUUGUUAUGAAUUCGAAGCUGCCAUUGUUCAAAGGGACGAAAUCAUCCAUAAUCUCCAAGUCCUUUACGAAGAAUGGAGGGAUAAGUACACCAUGUAG